UUGUGCUCUGAACUCUGAUGUGCAGUAUACAAAGUGAAAGAAAUUAAAAUAAACAGUGAAAUUUAAAAAGGAAGAAUACGACAAAAAAUUAACUGAUAAGAAAACCAACUUAAAAUCAAGCAACAGAAAAAGUAUCUACAAAUAUUACCAUGAUAAUAAAAAAUUCCCAUUAUAGCGAAAAGCACUUGGAAAUACCAGACAAACAUUUAUGAAAGUAGUACAAUUUUGGAAGUGUAGAUAGUCAGCUUCUUUCGGAAUAUUCGGUGAUUUAAUAAUAAUAAAAAACAUAAAUAACAUUUGCAAAAUAUAAAAAAGUUAUUAUAUUGUAGUUAAUGUUUGCCGGUAAAGUGGCCUUGAUGUGACUGAAAUUAAAAAAUAAAGUGCAAUAAACAAAAAGAAUAAUUAGAAGAAAAAAUGGGCACUUACUAAGGUUUCUUUAAAAGUGUAAUUUAACAAAUACCUACGAGUGAAUAAAAACAUAAAUUUAUAUUUUUUUAAUAUAAAGUACAAAGUUCAUUAUUGCAGCAGUAAAUAAUACAAAUGCUUAAACUUAAAUACUUGGGAUCCUUUUAUACCAACAUAAAAAAAUAAACAAACAUGUUUAAAUCAAAACCCUUGCUGAAAAACUUUGCCAAAGAAUUUGUUUGUCUACGAAAAUCUAGUUCUAGACCAGUGCCUGUUGAUCCUGCUAACUUUAAAUUACAAAGAGCUUUAUUAAUAUCGAAACUAUCACGCUAUGAAUUCGAACAGUUGCGACAUCCUCAUCUCAGUAAGGAACAGCUGGAGAAGAAAAUACGAAAUCGUGGUACAGAUUUUGAAACAUUAAUGUAUUUACAUAAUCUUCACAAAGAUUUUGAACGUAAAAUUGUACGUAGUUUUCAAGAUGUGGGCUGUGAGGUUAAGUUAGCAAAUCGAGUCGAAUUUAGAAGCUCCCUAAGCAAGGAUGUUAUGCGUUGGGCUGAUGUUAUUGUACCCAUAGGUGGUGAUGGCACAUUUCUUUUGGCGGCUGGUCGCGCCAGUCCACUAUUUGCCCAGUCUCAACAGAAAACUCCUAUAGUGGGCUUUAACUCCGAUCCCCAGAGAUCAGAGGGCCGUCUAAUGUUGCCAAAACAAUAUUCCGAAAAUCCCGCGGAUGCUGUGGCCAGAAUAAAGAGUGGUGAUUUUCAAUGGAUGCAUCGUUCUCGCAUACGCACUACACUGCUGGGCAGUAAUGGCAAAAUUCCCGAGUCAACCGAUUUGUAUCGUCAUACUGUCACAAAAAUGGAACAAGAAAAGACUGAACCCGAAUAUUUGAGUAAGGAAAUGUCACGAAAAUAUAAAGCCAAAAUGCAAAGAGUUCUACCAUACUUGGCCUUAAAUGAAGUAUUCAUUGGUGAGACAUUAUCGGCUCGUGUCUCGCAUUUACAAUUAAUUGUCGACCAUCAAGAUGUGGUCAAUAAAACUAAAUGUUCUGGAUUGUGUGUAAGCACUGGCACCGGUUCCACAUCAUGGCAUACGAGCAUUAAUCGUAUAAGUAAACAUCAUGUAGAGGGACUCUUCAAUAUUUUGCCAGACAAUGCAAAACAGGCUUUAAAAGGUCUUAGUGCCGAACAAUUGGCACAAACAUACAAUCAAAAUUUACUUUUUGCACCUGAUGAUUCAAGAAUCUGUUAUUCUAUAAGAGAACAAAUUUGUGUUGGUGUUUGGCCCUCACCCAAAGAAUUCGAAUCGAAAAGUUUUGUUAAAAAUUUAUUUGUUAAAUCUCGAUGCAUCGAUGCGAAUUUGGUUAUUGAUGGCAGCAUUUCCUAUCCCUUUAAUGAUGGUGCUAAAGCUUUAUUAGAAAUCCAUCCACAAGAUGCUUUGCUAGCUAUAAGUUUGGACUGAUUAAAAACACAACUAUAUAUACAUAUAUCUUCUAUCUAUAAAACGAUAAGUGUCUUAUUAAUAAUUUUUAAAUUGUAUCCCUUUACUUUUCACUUCCAUAUACACAUUUUUUAUUAAUGUAUUUAAUGAUUUGUAA